CCUGCAUCUCUUCUCUCUGCUUGCGUUUGUGUGCUGGGGGGAUGGGGUCGUGUUGAGGAUGAGAGACUCCAAAUAUUUAUCUCUUGGCUAACUAAAUAUCCAUAUUUCUAAGCAGUAAAUCAUUCUUUGCUGUUGGACGUAAAAGCAUCGCUUCGGUUUCGUAUGAGGCUCGGUGGAGUUUGCCCUCUGUAAAGUGGACUAUCCGCACGUCCACGAUACGCUUAAAAAGUCGACAAAAUGUAUUCUGCUGGAGCUGCAGAAGUUCCAGAGGGACCCCGUUCCUCCGGGUCAAUCAGCUCUGACCCGCCUUCCCCCUUGCCAGAAUAUGUGUUCAAGCCGCCACCGAGGCCAGACUUUGGCACCAUGGGUCGGGCAAUCAAGCUCCAGGCCAACUUUUUUGAAAUGGAAAUUCCCAGAUUGGAGGUCUAUCACUAUGAUAUUGACAUCAAGCCUGAGAAAUGCCCCAGGAGGGUUAAUCGGGAAAUUGUGGAGCACAUGGUCCAGCACUUUAAAACUCAGAUCUUUGGCGAUCGAAAGCCGGUGUACGAUGGAAGAAAGAACCUCUACACUGCCAUGCCUUUGCCAAUAGGCCGAGACAAAGUGGAGCUUGAAGUAACUAUUCCAGGCGAAGGUAAAGACCGCAGCUUUAAAGUGUCCAUCAAAUGGGUGUCUUGUGUUAGUCUACAAGCUCUACACGAGGCUCUGUCCGGACGGCUACCAAGCGUUCCCUUUGAAACCAUUCAAGCUUUGGAUGUGGUCAUGCGGCAUUUACCUUCCAUGAGGUAUACCCCAGUGGGUCGCUCUUUCUUCACUCCUUCAGAGGGAUGCUCCAACCCUCUCGGCGGCGGCAGGGAGGUGUGGUUUGGUUUCCAUCAGUCCGUCAGACCUUCUCUCUGGAAAAUGAUGCUCAACAUUGAUGUUUCGGCCACUGCGUUCUACAAGGCUCAGCCUGUAAUUGAAUUCAUGUGUGAAGUUCUGGAUUUUAAAAGCAUCGAGGAGCAGCAGAAGCCUUUAACAGACUCUCAGCGAGUGAAAUUUACAAAAGAAAUCAAAGGCCUCAAAGUCGAGAUAACUCACUGUGGGCAGAUGAAGAGAAAAUACAGAGUUUGCAAUGUGACCAGAAGACCAGCCAGCCACCAGACGUUCCCCUUGCAGCAGGAGAAUGGCCAAACUAUUGAAUGCACAGUAGCACAGUACUUCAAAGACAAGUACAAACUCAUCCUGCGAUACCCUCACCUCCCAUGCUUACAAGUGGGACAGGAGCAGAAGCAUACCUACCUCCCUCUAGAGGUGUGUAACAUAGUGGCAGGGCAGCGCUGCAUCAAAAAGCUGACCGACAAUCAGACCUCCACAAUGAUCCGUGCCACAGCCAGAUCGGCACCAGACCGGCAGGAUGAAAUCAGUAAACUGAUGCGAAGUGCCAACUUCAACACUGACCCUUAUGUUCGUGAAUUUGGAGUCAUGGUGAGGGAUGAAAUGACAGAAGUGAACGGCCGCGUCUUGCAAGCACCUUCAAUACUUUAUGGCGGCAGGAACAAAGCAAUAGCAACACCAAUCCAGGGAGUGUGGGACAUGAGGAACAAACAGUUCCACACUGGCAUUGAGAUCAAAGUGUGGGCCAUCGCCUGCUUCGCACCGCAGAGGCAGUGCACCGAACUUCUGCUCAAAGCUUUCACUGACCAGCUGAGGAAGAUCUCUCGAGAUGCAGGGAUGCCCAUCCAGGGUCAGCCUUGCUUCUGCAAGUACGCCCAGGGGGCGGACAGCGUGGAGCCCAUGUUCAGGCACCUCAAGUACACCUACCAGGGCCUGCAGCUGGUGGUGGUCAUCCUCCCUGGAAAGACGCCAGUUUAUGCUGAAGUAAAGCGAGUUGGCGACACUGUGCUCGGAAUGGCCACGCAAUGCGUCCAGGUGAAGAAUGUCCAAAAGACAACACCUCAGACUCUCUCCAACCUCUGUCUGAAGAUCAACGUCAAGCUGGGUGGAGUCAACAACAUCCUGCUGCCGCAGGGCAGGCCGUUGGUGUUCCAGCAGCCAGUGAUCUUUCUCGGCUCGGACGUGACUCAUCCACCAGCAGGAGAUGGAAAGAAACCUUCCAUUGCUGCCGUGGUCGGCAGCAUGGAUGCCCACCCCAGCCGAUACUGCGCCACAGUGCGGGUGCAGCAGCACCGUCAGGACAUCAUCCAGGACCUGGCCAACAUGGUGCGGGAGCUGCUCAUCCAGUUCUACAAGUCCACUCGCUUCAAGCCCACCAGAAUCAUCUACUAUCGAGACGGCAUCUCCGAGGGCCAGUUUAGCCAGGUCCUUCAGCAUGAGCUCCUGGCAAUCCGCGAGGCUUGCAUCAAACUAGAAAAGGAUUACCAACCUGGCAUUACCUUCGUGGUUGUACAGAAGAGACACCACACCAGGCUGUUCUGCGUGGACAGAAACGAAAGGGUCGGAAAGAGUGGCAACAUUCCCGCGGGGACGACAGUGGACACCAAAAUCACCCACCCAUCGGAGUUUGACUUCUACCUUUGCAGUCAUGCAGGCAUUCAGGGAACUAGUAGACCGUCUCACUACCACGUGCUCUGGGAUGACAACCACUUCUCGUCAGAUGAACUGCAGGUCCUCACCUACCAGCUCUGCCAUACGUACGUGCGCUGCACCCGCUCCGUGUCCAUCCCAGCACCGGCCUACUACGCCCAUCUGGUGGCUUUCCGGGCGCGCUAUCACUUGGUGGACAAAGAGCACGACAGUGCUGAGGGCAGUCAUACAUCCGGCCAGAGCAAUGGGAGGGACCACCAGGCCUUGGCCAAGGCUGUUCAGAUCCACCAGGACACCCUUCGCACCAUGUACUUCGCCUGAAAGUACAGCGCCCUGAUUGGUCGGGGGGUAAAAUCCCGGCCAAUGAAACCAACGCGGAGAGCCGUCUCUCUGUGAGCUCCGAAUACCAUCACAAGGUUUCAUAUUGUCUUUUCCCUUAAGUGGCAAACUUGUCACUCACCCAUAUGUCCACAUUUGAACUUCUCCCCUUUGACCCACCAAAGUAAGCCAUUUAGUAGUGAAAAAAGGCAAUUUCUUCCUUUUCUUUCUUUUUUACUUGUUUGUAGAACUUUUUUUUUCUCCCCCCUAAAUUUUUAAAAUGGUAAAAUUUGCACACAGAAAGAAAAGUAUAGCUUCUAAAAAAAAAAGUGGGCUGUUACAUUAUAUACCAAGUUGUGUUUAUUUUGUUUUGUUUUGGGGUUUUUUUUUUUGUAUCCUUCUGAUUCUUGUUUGCUCGAGUGGAUCCUGGUCCGUAAACGGAGAAUCUAAAUGUUGGGGAGCUUCACUUACUGUUUAUAUGCCUGAACCAAACAUCAACAGCCAAUCCAAGCAAAGUGCACUGACCAAGAUGGGUACUUUACAAAGGACAAAAGUACUUAACCCUCCUGUUAUGAUUGUGUCUGAGGUACAGCAAUAAUGUUCCCGGGUCAGUUUGACCCGUGGAGUUAUUCAUGCAAUAGUGUCAGAAACCAAAAUAUUCCUCCAAAACAAUUUUGUAUCUGAUUAUUAACUCCAAUACUAACCAUUUCAAUCAGUAUUUGUGCAAUUAUGUUUUUUUUGUUUUAUUUUUCACAAAUAAAGGAUCAAUUAUGACAACUUUUCUAGUGUAGUAAAGAGAAUAGUGAAAAAGUGAGCUUGUGUGUGUCAUGUGUGUGUGUUGGGGGGGGGGAGGGGGAAUAUGGUACAUAGCUGCAAGGAAAUGUAUAAAAUUGGACAUUUAAAAAAAAAAAAAUCUUUUUUACCCCUCAACUUGACUGCCGGGUCAAAUUGACCCGAACAGUAACUAUGUGAAAUGUAGACGCAGGACGGGGGUUGCAAAUGUGUCAAAUGAAUAAAUUUUCACUUUAUAUGUAGAUUACAUCUAUUAAAACAAAUAGAAAAAGUUUCAUGCAAAAAAAAAACACAAAA